CUCGUCGACAGUCAAUGUCGCCCAGCAGAUGCCUGUCCGCUCUUUGCACUGCAUGUCUGCUUGCUGCAUUGCAUGCCUGCUUGCUCUCUACACCACGAGCUUGCUUACUACCCUACGUGCUUGCUUGCUCACUGCACUUGGUGAUCAGUUUUGAACGUUUCCUCGCCCAUAGUAUUGCAUGUUGCAUGUCUGCUCUUUCUGCACAGGUCUGCUUCCUACACUGCAGUCAGUCCUGCACCUUCCUUCUCCAGACUUUCUUCCCAUCGAAGCAACAGCAGAGCACAACACCUCUGGCUACUCUCGUCGCUCUCCUCUCCUCUUACCACCCGCUUCAAAGCCUUUGCGUCUGACCUCGGUGGCUAGACUUGCUACCGCUGCUUGUUUGCUCCUCCCGAGGUCACCUUCACUUGCGUAUUCCCGCUCUCCAUGUCGUGCAUUUUUGCCCGGCAAUGUGGCCUAUAGAACUACCUUAUGGCCUAAGCCACUACCAUCGACAUGCUCAAAUGACAGGCAAAGCGUCUGCCCUCCCGUAUGGAGAGCGUCCUCGCUGGCAAGCUUUGACCCUGCAGCAACUGACCUCCGGUACCUUGGCAGCUCCAAGCACUUCUUCAGCGAUACGUAAUUCCGAUCCGCAUCGAUCAUCAGGACGCGAGGCUCAAGGGAAGCUUCGAAGGCGCCGUGAGAGAACCUCUUCCAGCCUGACGAUGGGAGUGGUCAGGUCAGAAUCUCGGAGACCCAAAGCCGCGAAUGCGACCGCGCAGAAAAGACGCAACAAGACCCCCAAGCUGCGGUCGCGAUGUAUCAAUACAGCCGGGGAUCUCGUCAAGACCGCUGCAAGCAAUAGAGGCAAGAUCGCGCGACGAGAGUCAUAUGAACCCGGAACUCAAACCGGCGCUCACCACGAUUCACCUAUCACCAUCGACAGCGAUGACGAUGGUGGUCUUGCCAUAACAUCAGAAGUGAGCGUAAGCGCGAAGAUGAGAGCUUACGGGUCACCAGCAGUUCCGGCGGGGUCGUUUGAUCUCCCGGUUUAUGCUGCUACGAAGACAAAUUCUAGACAUAGAUCCGGCCCCGUAUCCUCCCCUUCGGAGCCUCAAAAUUCGACUGAGUUCCAAGAAGCACCGCUUCGGCGUUCACUUUACGGUCAUCGCAAACAACCACAAACUUUCGAAGAGAGGCUAAUAUCAAUCGAGCCCCAAACCCUAAGUAAUCUCGCAAAGAGCCGCAUGGCCCACGAGCGUGCGCGUGCAUUUCCUGAUCGUUCGGUGGGUGCUCGACCUCGACAAACACAUUCCCUGCGUUCUCGACAUUCACCCUCUUUGAAAGCCUCCACUACCAGUACCACCUGUGCUGAUACUCCAGUAUCUCGUAGUCGACGCUCAUCCUCGUACUCUUCGUACGCUGAUGGUGAGAUCGAAUUUACACUGGCGAACAUAAAGAGCCUCGAUCUCCGGCGGAAGACCGCGCAAUUGAUGGCUGUCGGGCCGCAACUUCCAGUAGCAGACUUAUACUAUCUUUUGAUGGAGAAUAAAGGUCACUUCGAGACUGCCAAAGAAGACGUACUUCGCACGAGCUCCGCUCUUGUCGAUUCGGCCUCUCCUUUGAGGCGAAUACUUCCGCCCGAAGCUGCAACCGCAUCGCUCACCACUCCUGUAGAUCAUCAACAGGACGAAACCCACGGCGAACCCCUAGUUAAGAUAGACCUCGAUGACCCAGCCUUCAUGUUCGAUCAUGAGGCGCCAGUAACCCCGCCACCACGAUCUGGAAAACGAAGGCAGCAGCGACAGCCAAAGCCAAAGAAGUCUACGCGAAAGAUGAGUGCAACGAGUACGAGACAGGCCACAAAACCACAUUUUGAAGUACGCUCAUCACAAGCUGGUGUUCAUAAUUUUCCCAGCUCUAGCUCAUCUCGGUUGUGCGAAGUGCGAUCAGCAACCUCUGACAAGCGCCCUCAGACGCCAACUCAUUUGGAGAAGCCACUACAAAGCUAUGCAGCAACGAACUCUACAUGGAAGAAGUCCGGUGUUGUCAAUCACUAUUUGCGCGAAACCAGCUACGAUCGUAGUUUUAUUGUAUCUGACGAUGAGGUGUUCGAGGACUCGGAUGGAACAUAUGCUGACAGUGCGACGAGUGACAUAGACAUUACGGACGAUGAGGCAGACUUACUGCUAGAAGUGGUGUGGGAGUAAGCAUACAUACAGGUUAUUGUAUCAAGAUCUGACUCAAAGUGAGGGCAGGACCAACACCGUUGGUUUCUGGGAUCCUGCGGACUCUGACUGAGAGCUACGUGACUUGUCUCUGAACCGAGUUCUUGGGUUACUGGUCUUCGCGAAGAACCAGAAGAUCAUUAUCUAGAAGUUCUCUUUCCUGCUCUAAUAGUCGCUUUAAAUCCCCGUCUUCAACCGUGUUCUAUAAUCGGAACAACGCUUUCAAGCCAUAAUGUUCUGGUACACGACUGUUUGUGCGCCAUAUUUCUUUUACAGGACAAGCAAGAGGCAGAGAGAUCAUGCAGCAAAACUAGAUUGGCAUGCGACUAUAGCAAAGAUAAUUACCUUUGAGUGACAGGGAAUUAUGGCGUGAAGAUGCACAUGGA